AUGUCCCCGUCCAAAAAAGAACCAUUGAAGCAGGACUUCGAAGUGGAUACGUCGUCGCCGUCCCCAGAUUCGUCGCCGUCUCUGUUGGACGAACCCUCCUCAACUGAUCAACAGGUUAAAGCCAAAUUAAUAGAAUUGGCUCUAAAGGAUACCUCCAAAUCAUCAUCAGUUCCCGAUGAACUCUCUGCCAAAUCGUUCAUGAACUCGUUUUUGACUCUCGAGAAGUAUUUGACGCCAAUAUUCCUUACGCUUUUGUCCUUCUUUGUUCGUAUGUACAAGAUAGGCAUCAACAACCAUGUUGUUUGGGAUGAAGCUCACUUUGGAAAGUUUGGCUCGUAUUACUUACGCCAUUCUUUCUACCAUGAUGUUCACCCUCCCUUAGGAAAGAUGCUUGUCGGAUUAUCCGGAUAUAUCGCCGGAUAUAAUGGAUCCUGGGACUUUCCUUCCGGUGAAGAGUAUCCGGAUUAUAUUGAUUAUGUCAAGAUGAGAUUGUUCAAUGCUUCGUUUGGUGCUCUAAUUGUUCCAGUGGCUUAUUUCACGGCCAAGGAAAUUGGAUUCAAUCGUAAAGCUUGCCUUCUUUAUGGUCUAAUGGUCUGCUUGGAGACCAGUUAUACCACUUUGGCAAGGUUUAUCUUACUUGAUUCGAUGCUUCUCUUCUUUACUGCCACUACUUUCUAUGCUAUGAACCGAUUCCACAACAAAAAUCGGUUCGAAGCUCUUGCAUUUAGUCGGAAAUGGUGGAAAUGGCUCUUGCUUACUGGUAUUAGUAUAGGUUGUGUCUGUUCCGUCAAGCUGGUUGGGCUAUUCGUUACUGCUGUAGUUGGUAUCUAUACGAUCUUUGAUCUCUGGAUUAAGUUCGGUAGAUUGAGAACUUCUAUGUCUGUUUCCAGAUACACGGCCCAUUGGAUGGCCCGUAUCUUGGCCCUCAUAGUCAUUCCUCUGUGUGUUUUCAUGACAUGCUUCAAAGUCCACUUUGACUUACUUUCUGGUACAGGUCCCGGUGAUGCUACCAUGUCUUCUCUAUUCCAGGCCAAUUUGCUAGGCUCUAGUUUAACUACAGGUCCAAGAGAUGUUAUGACCAUAAAUUCUACCGUUACUAUCAAAAGUCAAGGUCUUGGUGGUGGUCUAUUGCAUUCGCAUAUUCAGAGUUAUCCAGAAGGUUCUAAUCAACAACAGGUUACCACCUAUACUCAUAAAGAUGCCAACAACGACUGGAGAUUCGAACUAGUUCGUUCAGACCCUCGAAUGGAGUUCAGGGAACCUUACUUUGUGGUUGAUGGAAUGCAUGUUCGUCUUAUUCACGAAGGUACUGGUAGAAACUUACACUCUCAUCCUGUUCCAGCUCCCAUUUCUGCAAACAUUGCUUAUGAAGUUGCCGGUUAUGGUGAUCUGGACAUUGGUGAUGAUAAGGACAACUGGGUGGUGGAGAUCGCUUAUCAGUAUGGUACUGAAGAUAAGUUAAGACUUCAUCCAUUGACAACUUCGUUCCGUCUUAGACACGAGAUCUUGGGCUGCUAUUUGGCCUCUAUGGACAUUCCCUUGCCUCAAUGGGGAUUCAGACAGGGAGAAGUUACUUGCUUACGUGAUCCUUUCCAAAGAGAUAAGCGUACUUGGUGGAAUAUUGAAGAUCAUACCAACCCAACUCUUCCAACUCCUCCUGAGGGCUUUAAAUUGCCUCGUACAAACUUCUUCAAGGAUUUCAUCCAACUAAAUAUUGCCAUGCUUGCCACUAACAAUGGCUUGAUUCCAGAUUCUGAGAAGUUUGACCAAUUGGCUUCAUCGUUUUGGCAAUGGCCCAGUUUGAAUGUGGGUAUUCGUCUUUGUUCUUGGGCCGAUGAUUCCAUCAAAUACUUUUUGAUUGGUUCUCCUGCUACUACCUGGACAUCUUCGAUUGCUCUGAUUGUAUUUAUUGCAAUGAUUGUUGCCUAUGUGUUACGUUGGCAAAGACAGUACGAUGACUUCCCGGAGGAGAAGACUACUACUACUACAGUUGACUCUAAUCUUCUCAUUCAACGUACCGUCAAUGAUGAGUGGAACCUAUUCGUUAUGGGAGGCUUUUUCCCAUUUCUAGGAUGGUUCUUCCACUAUCUUCCAUUUGGAAUCAUGGGAAGAGUCACGUAUGUUCACCAUUAUAUGCCUGCACUAUACUUCGCCAUGCUUGUGAUGUGCUACGUUGUUCAUUGGGUAGAUGCUAGGGUGAGCCGUAGAUGGUUCACUGUAUCUCUCUACAUCUCUUUGUACGCACUUAUUAUAGGUGUCUACAUACGACUCAGUCCAGUUUCCUUUGGUAUGGAUGGACCAAGUGCCGACUGGAAGUAUCUGAACGUAUUAAAGACGUGGAGUAUUGGUUAA